UUAGAGCUGGCAGUCUUUAUAUACGUGCAUUUAGUGUAGUGUUUACCACAGCACUAAUAGGAUUGAUCCUGAGACAUGGAGCUGCGAGUGCUGCAGGAGCCUGAAUGAGAUGUGCUGAACUGACAUAAUGUUAUGCCUGGAACAUUCACAGAAUGGGUUUCAGUAAAUAAAGCUGUGCUGAAGUAAAGGGACGACUAAUACAAAUCUCAUAAAACAAGAGGUGUUUCAGGUAGAUUUGGAAUUGCUCAGCAUCUGUUCAUGGAGACCACAAGUAAAUCCAUGAAUCUAACUUUCUCCAUUGAGGACAAAAAUGGAAAUAACAUCACCUGCCCCAGUGAGCAUUCUCCCGAUUCACUAAGGGGCUCUAGCAGUUUGAGUUGUGGCGGUUCAGACAGUCCUCUUGACGUAGAAAUGGAGGACUGUAUCACUCGCCCAACAAAAGACAAGACGGCUUCCUCAAAGGUAGUGAAAUCAAGCAGAGCAAUUGCUGUAGACUUUGAGAGCUGGAAUGAGAAUAUGGCUCUCUUGAUGAUAGUGGACACAAAAAACACUGAAUGCAAUGGCAGUGACACAAGCUCGGAAACCUCCCCUGACUGUGGAGCGCGAGAGCUGUCUGAGGUGGACUCCUGCGAGCCAUCACGUCGUGGAUCCAGUGAGAACUGCUGCUCUGUGAGCUCAGGUGAAAUGGUCAUGAGGGGUACCAGCUUUGUCUUGCACGAGAAUGACCAGCCACUUAGCGUCUCCCUAAUCGGUGAGUCCAGAACCUCGUUGGAUAUAUCUUCAGAUCUCGGCGUGGUAUCUGGGAUGUUACCUGAUGUGUGUGAAGGCUUAGCGGAGGUGCCACAAGCAGAGCCCAAGAAUCAGGGCCUGGAGUGUACCUACAUCCAAGCCAACAAUAAGACCUUUCUCCUAGAUGAAAAGUCAUUGAGCAAUGAGAAACUUGAAUGUGUUACACCUGUUCAUUAUCACAAAUUCAAUGUGCAAAAGUUGGUGUGCAACAGCAGUGGAUCAAAUCAGUCAACACCAGUGGAGGGAAAAACUGUUCUUAUUACUGCUUCUGAGGAUUUAGACAUUAGUGGCAAUGCUCAGACAUCAACUCCAGUGCAGUCUGUGAAUAACAAGACAUUUUGCCUCCCAUCUUUGUCUGAGUCACCUCUGAAUAAAGAUGAAGGUGAUUCAGUGAGUCCAGUGGCUCAAUUUAUUAGCCAGCAGCAAGGUGCUGCCUCUCAAAAACCCAAGACACCAUUGAUUUCAGCAAGUAAAAGCAAAAAAAUAGAAAUAAAACGAUUUCCGAAGCCUAACUUCAGUAGUAUAAAGUCUAAAAUUAUGUCACGUGCCACCAACCCCUUUAAGACAUCAAGUGCACCAGUUCCAAAGACUUCAUCAAACUCCAUCCCUCAAACUAAUGAAAGCCAGACUACGGACCUGCAUAAGUCACCUCCUACCAAAUCCACUUCUGCUGCAAUAACCAGCACAUCUGCCACACCAGCUCGAAAUGUAAAAAUCUGUAAUGCAGCUAAAAGAACUCUCUCAUCUUGCCAAGAAAGUGGUCCAGCCUCAAAAUCUCGACCUCGUCGAUGGUCUGAAAGCGCGACCUCUUCAAAAACAAGUAAGGAUGGAACACAAGAGAAGAAUUCACAGGUCAAUGGUGUUUUGAACAACCUCGUCACACCACAAAAAAACACUAAAGGAGGUGCAAAGACCAAACCUGUAGAAGCUAAGUCAAAUAGAGAGGACUCGCAGGGGAAUGAGUUAAUGAAGGUUCGUGGGAAGAAUCAGAAAGUCAGUCUGUUGCCGGUGUCUGCCAGGCCAGCAGCAGCAUGUGAGUGGAGUAGAAGCAGGCUUGGCUCCCAGCCAUCCCCAGCCAGGACAGGAAGUGCCUCUGCUGCUCACGUUCCAGCUGCAAACUUACGACCACCGCUUUCAGCCUCUAAGCUCAAACGUAGUACAGCGGCAAAAGAUGGCAGCAGUACCUUGGACAUGCCUUCACCCAGGAGCAAACUGAGCACAUCUGAUGGUCCAAGUGCAGUUUCAGGAUCCCAGUCCAGAUCUGCUCUGUUCGCAGCUCCAGCAUCAGCCUCCAAACUGCCUGUGAAGUCCAAAUUACAGACCAAGAGCUCCAGCACUCCUCAGACAAAUGGACAUCCAAAGCAAGACCAUGCUGAGCCCCCUGUGGGAACCUUGAGUAAACCUCCUCCUAACAGAACCACAUUGUUAAGGACCAAGCUGCAGUAUCCACCUACCAGGAGUGUAUCGUCAGGUUCAGAGAAGUCUUCAGGCAGUCCUCUGAAAACCCCUACUACAACCCGAUCCGUGAGACCUGCUCCAACAGUUGACAAGAACAAGUCAAGGACGAUUUCCCGAAACCAGCAAGCCCCGACAAAUGCGCAACCGGAUCUGGUACCACCAGAGAGCAAGUCUAGAAAUGUGGAGUACUACAAAACUGUGUGUGAGAAGAAGAACCAGACCAUUCAACAGCUGGAAAACACGCUCCGAUCCAACAACCGCAGAUUCGAGGCAGUGGCUGUGGUCAUAAAGCAUCUAUGUGCUGGGCAUGAGGAGACGAUGAAGCAGCGCAGGGAGCUGUCUCAGGAGCUGGUCACCUUGCGUGAGGAGCUGGUGAGCUCGGCUCACUCCUGUGAGCGUCUGGAGCAGGAGAAGGAGGAACUGCGUGCAGCUUUUGAUGGAGUUCUACAGAAGGUCCAGGAGCAGCACCGCUCGGACCUCACUGACCUCGAGGAGAGACUAAAGACCUUUUACUCCACUGAGUGGGAGAAGGUCCAUCAGACCUACCAGGAGGAGGCUGACAAGUGCAAAGCUCAGAUGGAGCAGCAGCUAAAAGAGUUGCGAGAAAAACAUGAGGCUUUGAAGAAGGAACUGGAAGUCAGCCAUAUGGAGGAGGUGGAUGGCCUUAAACUACAGUUUGAAGAGACUUUCAAAGAACUCAGACAGUCCCAUGAAAAGGAAAUGCAGACUUUCAAUGCAACACUGAAGGAAUCCGAGGACACGUUAUCUAAUCGAAUUCAGGAGCUCAUGAUGGAGAAUAACAACCUCAAAGAAAAACUAGAUGCUGAAGUGAAGAGAAGGAAGGAUCUGGCUGAGAAAACACAGGACUCGCAUACUCUUUAUCUGGAGCAGGAGCUUGAAAGCCUUAAAGUAGUGUUGGACCUCAAGAACAAACAGAUCCAUGAACAGGCCAAGAAACUCAUGCAGAUAGACAAACUGAUGGAGAGGAAUGUGAAGCUGGAUGAAUGUCUUAAGAAACUGCAACAGGAAAACGAGGACCUUAAAGCCAGAAUGGACAGACAUGCUGCUUUGUCAAGACAACUGUCCACAGAGCAGGCGGUUUUGCAGGAAACCCUCCAGAAGGAGUCCAAAGUGAACAAACGCCUAUCUAUGGAGAAUGAAGAGCUGCUCUGGAAGCUCCACAACGGUGAUCUGAGCAGCCCCCGUAAGGUCUCCCCUUCCCCGUCCCUGAAUCUCCAGUCACCGCGGAACUCUGCAGUGUUCUCCAGCCCUCCUGUCUCGCCCAGAUAACAACGGCCUUCAGCUUCCAGGAAGCACUUUCAUACAGGACGGAGCACUUCCUGCAUGCUGAAGCUGGUCUGGACCAUGUCAAUGGCUCUCAAUAUGGAAUGGACUUUGUUGACUCUUGUACAGAUUAAAAAUAAAAAAACUGAAGACUAUAUUGCACAGAAGCACUUACCAAUGAGGUCACCCUCGUACCUUGCCUUUCACAUCAGACUAGGGAGGAAAAAAGAAAUAUCUCAGGGCUUGUAGAAGGUUUCUCUCAAAUGUAUGGGUUUUUUUCCCUCCUGAAUCGCUUCGUUCCCUGAAGGUCCUACCUUUUUAGUUUUUUGGGGUUUAUUUUUUAGAGGACUGACAUUAGAAUCCACGACUGGGGCCUUUAUCAACUUUUCCACCAGACGCCUUUGAGUGUACCUGUAUAUACGCAGAUUUAUCUUCGCUCUGGGACGAAUGCCCAAAUGCAAGCUGGCCAAUGGACAUUUCCCAGAUGCUGCUGCUCGUGUAGCGUUUGGUUUCCCUUUAUUUUAUGCAGGACUUCAGAUCCCAGAUGAACUUUUCUAAAGAGGCACUUCAUAGAUCAACUCAUGCCAUAAACCGACUGUUACUAUUUACUCGAAUGGAAACAUUCACUGAUCACAACCAGGUGUUCUCAAAACCUUAUGCAACAUUUUUUUUCUUGUUUAUAUCAUGCCUUUAUUUGUGAUUUUGUAAAUGGUAUUUGUUUUAAAUCACACAUUAAGAACUGCAAAAAGGUGAGCUUUAGCCAGAUCAUGAUGCAUGAUUCAUCACAAAUAUGCUCUCCAUAUCACUCUCAUAUGCAUAGGAGAGAUGCAAUACAGUGAUUGAUGCAGAAUGAAUUGAUUAGAAGUCUUGAAUGUUUUGAUUAAUACCUGUUUAAGUGUUGAAUUAGCCCCUUUUCCUAAUUUCUUGCCAAUCAGAGAUGCAAUGGUAUAGUAUGCUUGAUAUGUUAAUGGAAAGUCAUUGGGCAGCCCUGUGACUGAAGGCAUACACUAUUGGAAAUCUGACUUUUCUUUCUUGAAUACGGGUUUUGUAUAUUAUUCUGUAUGAUUGAGCCCUACGGCGGAUUUGAGUGUUCGUUGUCCUCGUUUCUAUAUUUAUUUCAGAUCAUGAGACCAAUGUAAUGACCGAGCAUGUUUUGUGGCCUCUGGAGCUCCCCCUCUGUCUGAAACCCCUCCACUGCAGCUUUACAUUCAAGCUAUUUACAAAGAAGUUUAAAAGCAUAAGUAGUAGGUUUUUUUUUUUCAGUGUUGAUAUGUAUUGCUAGGCUGUUUGUGUGGAUGUUGGUGUGAAACUGAAACUCAUUGAAAUAUGCAAUUAAUAAAGAAUUCAAAUAAUCUGUUUGUAAUUGUCACCCCAUGUUUAUAUCUUUUUAAUUGAAAUGCUAGUCCACCUAAAAAUAAAAUUAGCCAUUAACAA